AUGACUCUGGAGCCGGCGAAGCGUCCGCUUCCCUUGACGGUUGGCGAGGCGAAGCGCAGUGCGCAAGGUCUUGCGGUGCGCUUCACGAACGCUUCGCCUCUACCUGAUGCUCCUAGUGGCAGUUUUGAUGACGCUCAGUUUGCACCAGUCAGCUUCGAUGAGCUUGACUCGCACGUUCGCAAUUUGCCUGCAUCCUCGGCGCCGGGUCCGGACCGGGUUUCUGUCCGCAUGUUGAAAUUGCUGUGGAACACGUAUCCAUCCCUGCUGAUCUCUCUGGUGGAGACAUCGCUCCGUCAGUGCUGGAUCCCACCCAUAUGGAAACUAUCACAGAUUACGCUUAUUCGUAAGGAUCCCAAGAAAGACUGCACCUUGGACAACCUGCGACCUAUUGCACUAACAUCUCUCUUCGCCAAAAUGGCUGAGCGCGUCGUUUUUGAUCGCCUCAUGCGGUUUGUGACGGCGCACGAUGUGCUUUCGCCGGUUCAGAUCGGCUUUCGCCCGCGAAGCUCUAUCUGGAUAGCCCACGUGGCCAUCAACAACCACCUCUCGAAGGCGAGGCUCCUCUCUGAGUAUACUGCUUUAGUCACACUGGACGUCGCGAAGGCGUUCGACUCCGUCGAGCUGUCCCUGCUUUUUUCCUCGCUGGACUCCCUUGCUCUUCCUCCUUACAUCGGCCGCUGGAUUAAGUGCUUUCUGUCAAACCGCAUGUUCGUUUGCUCGGAUGGCUCGUACUCCUCGUCUCAGCAUCGGCAGUGCAGGGGCGUUCCGCAGGGAUGUAUCCUCUCACCUCUCUUGUUUAAUCUCUUCUUACGCUCCGUGCCGCUUCACCCUGACAUUGUGACUCUCGUGUACGCAGAUGAUAUUGCCUUUCUGGCGUCGGCGUCGUCUCCGCGCGCGCUGCAAGCCUUGCUCCAGCACUACCUUGAUACGCUAAAUUAUUGGCUUCUAUCCCUCGGCCUCUCGAUAAACGCUGGAAAGUCGGCAGUCCUUUCUUUCCUUUGGCGAACUCCGGCUUCCGUCUCGUACGAAUUGCUGCUCGGCAACUCUGCUCUUCCCCAGGUUCCCAAACUAAAGUAUUUAGGGAUCUGGUAUGAUGCGUCUUACAGCCUUUCGGCUCAUGUUACCUACAUCGCGAGCCGGGCUACCCGGGCCCUAAACUUCUUGGCCUCUUUCAGCAACACGCGAUCAGGCCUCCGCCGUCCGGUGCUCUUGCAUAUUUACAAGAUGUACGUUCGCCCUAUCCUGGAGUUUGGCUGUCCCAUUUUUUCCAAUCGUCCGCAAACGCAGCUUCGACCUCUUCUGCUGCUCGAACGCAGGGCGCUGCGCUUCUGUCUGGGCGUACCAAUCACUACACCCAUAUCGCACCUUUAUGCUGAGAGUGGCGUUAUUCCUUUGUCCUCCCGAUUCAACACCCUAACCCUCCGCUGUAUUUUACUUCUUUUCUCUAGUCAGCACUUCCUUCGCGUUGCCUUCCGCGUCACCAGUAUCGCGUCCUUCCGCGCCCUCCGGUGGACCCCCAGGAUCUACCCGCAGCUGGCGUUCGCCGAACGCUUGUUCCUCCAGCUCUAUGCGAUGCCGGUCAGCUUAUCCAGGUUGGUUCCAUCGCCCGCUGCUCCCGCUCCGGAUAUCAGUAUCCGCGUCGUGCCCCUAUUCAACCCUGGUCGCGCCAACCUUCCUCCCCCUGCAGUCCUCUCCGCGCUCCUCGACAGUCACGUUAGUUCACUCUCCUCUCACCUUGCGAUCUUCACCGAUGGCUCUGUCGUAAACGAGAAAGCGGGCAUUGGCUUCUUCAUACCAUCCAUGGGCGUGCGCAGGAGCAUCCGCCUCCCUGACUACAUCCCGAUCUACUUUGCAGAGCUAUUGGCUCUUCUGAUGGCGCUCCAAGCCGUGCCGUCCUCGCACAGUCUAGUCUGCUUCUUCACCGACUCCUUGUCCCUAGUCUCCAAAUUGGACAGUGGCAGGAGCUCGCAUGAACGUGACCUGCUUCUCGCAUUCUCUCCCUCCUUCAUCCAUGAAAUUGUUCUGACAUGGGUUCCCGGCCACUGUGGGCUUCCCGCUAACGAAGUCGCGGAUUCUCUUGCGCGUGCCGCCGUCGCAUCUACUCACCUCGCUGUUCUACCCCUCAUUCCUACGGUUCUAUACGCAAUGUACAAAAGGUUCGACAGCCUCCGCAGAGCUGCUGCCCUCCAACAGCAGCUCCGCGCGCGGCCUGAACUAGCGCACCUGGAAUUUGGCUGGAACCCUCUCCUUUGUGGUUCGCGGCGAAUGGAGGUUCUGCUCACGCGUUUUCGCUGUCGCGUCAUCCAGCUAAACUACUACCUCCAUAGAAUUCGCCGCUCUGUCUCUCCUCUUUGCCCCUACUGCCAGCAAGACGAAACUAUUGAACACUUUUUUCUCCAUUGUUCGGGCUACUCAUCCCAACGCGCCAUGUUCCUAGCCGUCCCGCUCCGUGCCCACGAUGUUCCACUGUCGGCAUCUUCCAUUCUGUCUUUUGGUAGAUUGUCAGGUCGUCAUUCCAUUCCCCCGCUCAUCUUUUAUUCAGUCAUUUCAUUCAUCUCAUCCUCUCAUCGCUUCACGUAA